GUCGCCAUGUUUCUGUACUUUGAGUAAACAGGUUUUCAUAAAAACAAGUCACGUCAAGAUUUUGGGGAAAACUGUUACAUCCAGUCCAACUUAAAUGCAUCCUGUAUUUCAAUCCGGUUUCCAUCACUGAAGAAUUUCUCUUGUGUUAUGGCGGCACAUGCCGGAGAUGAUGACUUUGACGAAUAUGAUAAGCCAGGUGCAGAGAGAUCUCGGAGGAGAAGAGGAGAAGAUGAUGAUCUUGACAGUGACCUUGAAGAGGACCUGCUGGAGGAAGACUGGACAAACAAAAAGAACCCUUCAGAGCUCUCAGACGAGGAGCUUAAUGACGACCUCUUGCAGAGCGACGAGGAGGAAGGGGAUGUUAGUGGUCACGGUGCCGCCGUUAGUCUGAACGCCACGCUGGGCCUCAGCUCAACCUUUGAUGCCGAAGAGGGCGGCUACGGAGGGAACGCUGGAGCGGAAGCUGGCUAUGGCGAGGGAGCGCAGGAGUACGCUGGAGACUACGAAGGGAACGAGGGAGGCAUGGAGUAUUCCAAUAAGCAGGCGGGCCGCGGCGGCGCCGCUUACCUGGAUGAGGUGCUGGACCUGCAGAUCGACGAGCCGCUAGAUGACGAGUUUCAAGUCGAUGAUUACUCCGCUGGGUACGGAGAGCAGGGGACGGCCGGGCAGAGAGACCAGGAACAGGAAGAGGCCGCGGACGAGCAGGAAGCAGAGGCUGGGCAGGCCCAGGCCCAGGAAGAGGAGGAGCCUGAGCAGGAGCCGGAGCAGGAGCCAGAGCAAGACGACUCCCAGGCCUUCGAUGGGGAAGAGGCUGAGAAUGAGCCUGAGCAGGAGGAGGAGGACUUGAAAGAAGAGUCCGACGAGGAGGACGAUGAGGACGAAGAGUCUGGCCGGCUACGCUUUAAGACAGAGCGCAAAGACGCAACAGUAGUGCGUCUGUCUGACGCAGCCAGGAAAAGAAGGAACAUUCCAGAAACGUUAGAGUUGUCGGAAGAAGCCAAGGCCAACCUGCGGGAGAUGGAGGAGAGGGAGAGGCAGCGCAAGUUCGGAGGCCGCGGGCGAGGCUUUCGAGGCGGACGCGGCAUGGGCAUGGCCAUGGGCAUGGGCAUGGGUAUGGGGAUGGGCAUGGGAGGUCGAGGGAUGCCCAUGGGCGGAAGAGGCGGCAGAGGCGGCUUCCCCAACUUCGGAAUGGGCGACUUUGGCGGCGGUCGCGGAGGCCGCAUGAACGACCAGAGGCCACCGCUCAUGCACCUGGGCAUGCAGAACCGUAUGCCCCUGCCUCACCUCCUCCUGCAGCAGCAGCAGCAGCAGCAGCAGCAGAGGCAGUCCGGUCCCCGGGGUGGCCCAGGGGGGGGCGGGGGGUUCCUUGACGUGGGUGAGCCUCUGGUGCAACAGCCCCUGCAGCCGCUUCUCCCCCCCCACCUGUCCCAGCGCUCGCCCCUGCGCUCCCACCUGGACGCCCCCCAACGCAUACUCAGCCCGCCGGGCCCCCCCCACUCGCAGCAGCUACCGCCUCAGCAUCAGCAUCAGCACCAUCACCAACAGCAACAGCAGCAGCAUCAACAGCAGCAGCAGCAUCCUCCUCCUCAGCAGCAGCACCACCAACAGCAGCAGCAGCAGCAGCAGCCCAAGAACAUCCACAUCAACCCCCACUUCAGAGGGCCCUCCUCCUCACCUGCGCAAGUGCCCUUGGUGCCUCCGACUCAGAACCAACCCCGACCUGCGGUGGGUCCCCAGAGAUUUCCAGGCCCGGCAGACUUCCAGCAGCAUCACCCAGGGAAUUUCGGGCAGCCCCAGAGACCCCCUCACCCUCCAGAGCCCUGGAGGGGUCCACCACCCCCUCACCAAGACAGAGAACCUUUCUUCCUCGGAGAGCCGCGGUUCCCGGGGCAGCACUUGUUUGACCAGCCAAAUCCUUCCCAGCUCAUGAACAACAACAACAACGCCCACCCCAUGCCAGGGCAGGGCCCCUUGCCCUUCCCCCAGCCCGGCCAGGGACCCGGUGGACCCGGGUUCGGCCCUCUGGGGCCUGGGCAGGGCCAGGGACCUCUCGGCGCUCUGUUCCAGAGAGAGCCGCCGCCCCGGCAAGGCCUCCCACCGCAGCACGGCGGCCCCCCCGGCCCCCCGGGGCCCAGGCCCUUCAUCGGCAACCGGCAGCCCUUCCCUCCACAGCAGCAGGGCCCCAUCUUCAACUCCCAGCACAUGCCGUUUGGGAUACAGGUACGGCAAAGAGGCUUGAUGGGUCAGCCUCAGCUCCUGGACUCUCCACUCUCCCACCAGUCCCUGCACCACCAGCAGCAGCAGCAGCACCACAGGCAGGACCAGGGGCCCCCCCACCAGCACCAGGGCCCCCCCCAGCAGCACCAGCACCAGCAGCACCCCGGGGACCCCAUGCCCCUCAUGCACCUGGGGGGCCAGCAGAGCUUCCGCCAGCAGCAGCAGCAGCAGCAGCAGCAGAUGCAGCACAUGCACGGCGGCCCGCGCCAGAUGCAGCAGCACCGGCAGCAGCAGAACCCACAGCAGGGCAACGCCCACUCCAGACCACGCAUGAGCCCCCCUACCCCCAUGCAGCAGAUGCAGGCUCUCUCACAGCGCAACAGCAACCUGCGCGAGCUGCCCAUCGCCCAGGGCAACUUCGGCAACAACAUCAGCAGCAACAACAACUCGCAGCCUCCGCAGUCGCCCAACAGAGGAGGCGGGCACCAGCAGCAGCGGUCCAUGGGCAGAGGCAUGCAGGGCCUGGGCGGGCACCAGGGACCCAACGCCCAGAACGCCCGCGGCGGCCCGGGCGGCAGAGGGCAAGGGCCCGGCCGAGGCCAGGGCAUGGGUAUGGGCAGAGGGCAUCCGGCGCCCGAGAGGACGGUGGUGAGCAAGGCCCCGGCAGAGACGCCCCCAGCGCAACCCCCUCAGGUGGACCCUGACGAGGACGAGGAGACGCGUCAGUACCGGCUGAAGCUGGAGGAGCAGAAGCGUCUGCGCGAGAAGAUCCUCAAGCAGAAGGAGGAGCGGCGCCAGAUGCAGGCCGGCAUGCGCAAGCGCGAGCUGCUGCAGCGCAUCAGCGCCCAGAACCCCCAGAAUCAGAACCCCCAGAACCCCCAGAGCCAGACGCCCAACCAGCCCCCCCAGCAGCACCAGCAGCAGAAACCCCACCCACCCCCACCACCAGCCCUCGCGCCACAGGCCCCGCAGCCGAUCCCCGCUCUCCCUGCCAACGGAGCCCCGCAGAUCCACCCUUCCAUCCCCGCCGCGCCCCGGCCCAACGUCAAGACCCGCCUGCAGAUGGCUAAGCCGCAGCCCCAGCCUGGCGCUGCCCACCAGAACAGUGGGCCAAAUCCCGGGCAGCAGGGCCAAUGGCAACAACAGCAGCAGCAGCAACAACAACAACAACAACAGCAGCUGCAGCAACAGAGGAGGGGCAUGAAUCAACAGAACGCCCAGGGCCCCAUGGGGAACAUGCCCAGGCAGGGUGCUCCGAUGGAGGGGCCGUUUCCAGGCCAGCCCCAGGCUCCUCCGGGGCCCAGGCCUGGAGCGAAGCGGACAGUCAUGCAGAGGCAAAACAGCACGGGCUCUCCUCAGCUCCCGCAGAAGGUCCGGGUGGUGAAGCUCUGUGCAGGGGGUGCCGAGACUCCUGACGCAGCGGUCCCCGCGGAACAGCCACAGCCCAUCGGGCGCCUCCCCCCGCAGCCACGCCAGCUCCCCGUCCGAAAGGUCACCAUGGGAACGGGCGGACAGCCGCAGCAGCAGCAGCAGCAGCAGCAGCAUCCUCCCGGGCAGGGCGGCAGGGGCCUCGCUCAACCCAACAGGGUGGUGAUGCCAGGUAGAGGCAGGGCUCGUGGGGCUCGUGGUGGUCGCAUGAUGGCCACCAGACAGAGCGGGCGCGUUCAGGAGGAGCGCACCACCGUCUCCAUCGAGGGCCUGUCCACGUCCACCACGGAGAAGCAGCUCAGGAACCUGCUGCAGUCCAUCGGACCCAUCCAGAUGUUCGAGAUGGUGCCCCAGCAGCGGAAGGCCGUUGCCAAGUUCAUGAACCCACAGCAUGCCCAGAGCUUCCAGCACAGUUUCCACAGAAAACCCAUGUCUCACUCCGAACUCCUCGAAAAUCACCACAGGCACAUGAUCGAUCUGUCUCAUAUUGACGUGUCCAUCAUCGACGGCUGAGAUGAGAGCAGCGGCUCACCCAAAGACGAGACGAGACGAGACGCGAGGCGACGAAAGGAGAUGAGUGGAGACGUGGGGGGUGAAUUUGGAUGGAGGGUGUCGGGUCGAGGGAAGAGGAGAGUGCCCCGGAGGGUGCUGAAGGGUGCUAACUAACGCUGGCAUGUCGGGCUCUGCUGUGAAGGAGGGGGGGGGGGGGGGGGGUGACUCCCCACCUCAGACAAACGCACCUCUCUGAUACGGAGGAUAACAUGCCGUCACCCAGCGACAACGGAGCGACAAUUCUGACUGACCACAUUCAAGAGGCCACUUGAGAGAACAAGAGCCGAAAGAACAAACUGUGUUCCGUCUCGGAUGUGUUUGAUACAGUGAAUGCCCUCGUGCGGAGGAGUGUGGAGUUGGGUUUCUAGCCUGGUUUUUGUUACGUUGGCACCAGUUGUUUUCGAUGCCAUUGGCAAGAAAGAGACUUGAGGAUUCAGAGUUUAGUCACAGAUACAACACCAACACCAACCGACACAUACACCAACAACACCAAACAGUCGACACCUGGUAAUGGUUGCGCCCCGCUCCUAUCAUAGUCAUUCUCAGUAAAAGAAAAAAACAAAAGUUAGAUUGUAGUUGUUGUCUCAAACUCUCAAAUGUCCCAUGAAAUAGAAGUCUUUGCCGCUAGUACAUUCUUACACUCAGCCUUGAGUUGUUCGUCCUCUACGGUAGUGCUAUUUAUCACCUGUAGGGGGUGGUGUCUGACCACUAAUCUUUUGUAAACUGCCCACCCCAGAGGAUGCCUGCGUGAGGCCACAAUAUAGAUGUUUUUACUGGACUAACAGCACUACCUACUGGAGAACAUGAUUCAGUAUGUAGUCUUCUCAGACCACUUUAUUUAACAACCCUCUUUCGCUGAAUAAGAACUGCUUGAUAUUUCAGUAUGUAAACACUAAAAUACGAUCUGGACUUUUAGUCCACAGACUGGCUUUUGGCAUAUACUGGGAUUGUUAUCUAUCGCCGAUGAUACCACAGUCGAUUGUCGUGUAACAGUUACUUGGGUCUAUUUUAGGGGCAAUUUAUAAUCGUUGACUGAGAGGCUGAGAUCAUUUGCCUUUUCAUGAAUGGCCUUCUCAUAACGAGAUACUAGAUCAGUGACACAAAACACAGGCACAUCAAAGCAUUUUAAUGACACACUUUGGUUUUGUUUUUACAUGUUUUAGUACUCUUCAGUUAUUGUUUUAUGCACAGGCUGAAGGGAAUGUCAUACUGAAAUCGCCCCAAAGGACAUUGUACCGUUAGACAGUGUAAAACGCUAAUUUGAGAGAGGAGAUCUCCAAAGGGAGGAAGGCUCCUUAAUCCAGUUUUGAGUUUUCCACGUGGUGAAUGUAUUUUUCUGAACAUCCUCUUUAAGCUUGUUUAUGAUUUUGAUGUCUUAGAUUUUGGUUAGCGGUUUCAGGAGUGGGAAUGCAAGGUUGAUGGCUAGUUGUAAGUUUUUGGAUGGCAGUGGUCGCUGGGUUAGGCUGGGCUUUGCGGUGUUGAGUUUGUAUUCUGUUGCUUCUGUAUGGAGGAUAACAUGCCUGUGGCUGUGCACUGGCUGUGUGCAUUGGGGGAAAUAUGGCAGGGCUAAUAGGUGUUACAAUAGUGAUCCAAUAAUCACUGGAUUGGCUUUGAGAUUAUGGUGUUUCUUUUGGCAUUGUGUAAAUCAGUGAUGCACAUUCUACUUUUUUUUGUGUGUUUGGUUAAUAUAUAAUGUCGGACUUUCCUCCUUGUCAUAGCGUUGUAAGUUUCAGGUUUAUUCACAUCUGUAUAGGAGGUGUAUGUAUACAACCCCUUCACGUGUACAGCUCUACACAGCGGCUCUAUCUCUUUUCCAUUCGCAGUUUCCCUUGUCGACUUCAUCAUUCUUUACAUUGAUAUUCACAACAUCAUUCUUUGCAUUGAUAUUCACGACAUGAAACGUACGAUAGUUUUUCUCAGCUGGCACUUGACACUCAGUUCAGUUGAUCAUAAACAAAAUCCCUGACAACAGCACAUUUUGAGAUUCAUUCACAUAGACGGAGAUGUUAAAAUUGUAAUAACUUGUAAAGUACUAUAUAGUAAAUAAUCUAAAGAGAAUCACCCUUUCCCCAGUUUACGCAUCCCCAGCCUUCGGUUAGUUUGAUGAUGUCGGCAGAGGCCAUGAUAAAUAUGUGAAUAUUGUAAGGAGGACACAACACGUUCUGGAACAUAGCACCCCAGACACACAAUCUCUGUUUGACUGUGAGGAGCAUGUCGUUUUCUAAACAGUGGGAGCAACCAUUAUUUGCGUGUCGGAGAUCAUGUACAUAUUGAACAGUACACGAGUAAGGUAACCCUGUUUUUGUUUUGAUUCAUUUUUACUAGUAUUAUGUUUACCAUGGUGGUUCCCGGAUUUUUUCUUUUUGCGCACGUGUACAUAGUAGGACCUAAAGACUUCAAUUUGUGUGCCGCAAACACAUCCAACCACCCAUUCUCCACGUAUACAUAAAGAUUAAUGUCAGUAGCUUCGACAUUUUAGAUGUGUUUUGUUUGUAUCUAGGACAUUGAGGCCUUGGUUUCUUCAUGAGUUCAAGCUUCAUUGAAAGCAUUUUUAAUGUAAAAAAAAUAAAACAUGGUCAUGUAUAUACCAUAUGAUUAUGGGUACGUGAAGCCAUUGAACCACUAUUUUACUAUUCUCUGCGUGAUGUCCUUGUUGGUUGCCAUGACGGUGAUGAUGGUGCCUAUGGUGAUACUACUGAGUUGAUCCACUUUUAUUGCAUUUUAUUUUGAUGUUUUUCAGAAGUGUCUUACCCUUUUCCUCGCUUGAUGUGUGUGAGUGUAUGUCUGUGUGUCUGUGCGUUUGUGAGUGUUUGUGUGUAUGUGUGUGUGUGUGUGUUUGCAUGUCUGUGGUUGUAUGUGUAGACCUAUGACUUGCUUUUCAAUAUACGUUUAUUUUGAAAACGAAUUGAUUGUAGAAAGAGGACAUGAGGGUGCAUUGUGUUCGUUGUAUAAGGUAUUAUUUUGCUAAGUAGCUUGUAUCAAGCAUUUGAAGCUCUGUUGCACAUUUUUUUUACAGAAAUAUUAACCAAAAACUUCAAUGAAAAGUGCUCUUAUACUUUUAACCAUGAACUGUAUUGUGCUGUGUGUGUUGAACUUGUACAUUUCUGUUGGCUCUACUGAGCACAAGAGUACAAAAAAGUAAAAUGGGCGCACACACCCCUUCUGAAAACGACAUGCCAGUCAAAGUGUAAUGAGCAAGAAAGUGCUAUAUCUGUAGGUAUAUUAUCUACAGUAACGUUUACGGUUGUUUACGGGUUUUUUUUUUUUUUAAAGAAAAAACUAAGUAUCUUUUUGAGUCUUAUUCUCUGAAUCAAGUCAGUCGGGGGUAAUGUUGCUGUUACACAGUGGAAGAAAUAUGGAAGUUUGGAAUGUUUGUGGUUAAUACUGCAAAAUCGUGGACCUGACAAUAUUCCCUAAAAAUAUUUUUUUAUUUUCCAUGUUUGUCAUUUAUGUUAUUUAUUGUUUUUUGGUUUUGUUUCUUUUUUUUUCUAGUUUUCUUACGAUGCUUUAUAAGUUAGUGCAUUUUUUAUACAUGAAGGUUAAGUGAUGUUUUCACAUUUGGAUGGAGCACAAAUGCCCUGUUUGUUUUUGCACGUGCUUGAAGCACUUAAUUGCAAAUCCUGUGGAUUUGAAGAAGUAGCAGCCAUGCUGAUCAUGAGUAGCCUAUACAAUUCAUGAGAUUUUGUCUUAUGUUUUAAACCCAGGUCCAUAUUGGACUUUACAGUAUCUUUUUGUAAAGGUAUUUUUUAAGUAUACUUUGGGGAGGAUCUUACAGGACCUUCCCUUAAUGUCUAGUAGAGACCAAUCGUAGGGGUGCAUUAUGUGCAUUAUUUUUUUCUAUUUUGGGUGCAAUGGUUAGUUUUGCAAGGUUCAAGAAAGUCUGGUUCAGAGGUCCCUUUUGCACAUAAUGUUGAGGAGGUUGAGCUGUUUUUUGACACUUGAACCAGAUUUUUUUUAAACUCAGUUCACCUUUUAAAGUUUCUGUGUCAUCUGUAUUUUAUUUUUUUUUUACAUAUCCAGGUGUCAAAGCAUGGAUGAUGGCAGUCUUUAACAACCUCCGAUUUUUGUUCCAGGAAACGGGACCGGAUGGAACCCUUUCUCACUAACAACAAGCAAGUUUGUUCUGUUUGCAGGUUCCUGGCUCGAGUUUGGACGGGACGUGUGUUAACUAAUGGGUUUACUACUUUUAAAACGUGCUUAAUGAUUUUUAUCUUGCCUCUCAAUAUCCCCUACAUCUAAACCCUCACUUUAUGCUCAUCUCUUUAUGCUGUCCUCUCUUCUCUCUCUAUCCCUCUCUCUCUAUCCCUCUCUUUCUCUCUAUCCCUCUCUUUCUCUGUCCUCUGUCCCUUCUGGUUCUUGUCAAUGCAUUGUGUUGCAUUGCUGCUGUUUGCUGCUGGUGAAUAAACCUAACCCUUCUGUUAUUGAGCAGGCAAGGCCAGCUUCCUGGAUUUCCUUUGUUUCUUAGCCUGAGCCAGAGAGGCACACAGCUUUGAGACAGCUUUGAGACAUCGUGGUUCACACACAAUGAAAGACUUACCCCUGAAAAACAAAAAAAAACAAAAGUCCACCUUUUGUAUACUGGUCUGACAGUGUUGCCAGACAUGCACUUGUCGGUGUUUGACAAAUACAAGAAAGUCUGAAGUUAUUACUGAGUAUAGAAUUGACUGUGCUGAAGAAUUUCAGACUAACUACUUACUCAAAUUGUGUAAUCUCACAUGGACCUGUUUUGUUUUUUUGACUUGUGAUGCUCAUCUGUCAACAUACAAAGCAAACUGUCGAAACUGCAACAGUGUGGAAAAGUACCUUUUGUUCUGAAUAUUUCAUGUUCAAUGUAUGUUACUCUGACCAAAAUCAAAUUUGAUGUCUGAGAAUCUCUUGAUCCCAUUUGGGUUUUUGUCUUAAUGAUCCGUGAAAAGAAAUAAACAUGUUUCACAGAA